GGCUGCCUGGGGAAGCGAUUGCAGUGUCCUGGCUGUGUGAGCUAAAAGUCCAAGGUCUCUCAAACUGUCCCGGAAAGUAACGGGUGACUACCAGGUAAAAACCCAAACGCAUACUUUGCGCAUGAUGUAUUGAUAUGUCGCAGCAUGAUUUACUACAAAGAUACGACAGUUCACGCGCAGACAUACAGCAGCAGCUCAUGAGGACAGGUCACCUACUCUUGUUUUUUCCCCAUAAAAAUGUCAAGUAGGGAUCAAGCACCCCAUGCAAAAGCAAUCUAAAUAGCAAGACCAUGAGAGAGAUUUGCAAUUAAAUUAAGAUGUGACCUCACUGAAAUCCUGUGCAAGGCAGGUUUUGCCAUGUCUAAGAACACUGCAUCCAGCAGCUGAUGUUAAUCAACCAUUAAAGAUGGUGUAAUCAAACAGCAAUCAUGUCUAACAAAGCUUCCACUAAACGGCAUUAUCAGUCAGCAGCAGAGUUUGAUGAUGUCACUCUUGCCAAAAAAAGGGAGUAUUGGAGGACCAAGAAAAGAGAGCAAAGAGCGAGAAAGUCAUUGGCCAAGAAGAGGAUCAGAAAUGAAAAUCUGGGGACAUGUAAACAUGCAGUUAGUAUGUCCACUGUUAGUUAUGAACACUCCUCACUGAUACCUAAAGUGGCAAGUGAUCGUCCAGUGAAUAAUAGUGAUGUUUCAUGCAAACUGGAAGAUGUUGAUACUCCUAUAAACUCCUCCAGCUUAAGUCUAUUAGUAUCUGAGAGUAAUAUUAAUACAUUGCCAUACCAGAAAGAAAGAUGGUUACAGAGGCCUAAACUCAGCAAUGUCUUACCUCAGUUCCAAGAAACAAGCACAAAGUCCCAGAAGGGUGUAACGGGCAAUAAUAAAGUAGUAAGGUCUUCAGUUACGGGGUCAUCAAACACAGAUGCUACAAUGGUUGAACACAGUGAGUCUCUCUGCCAAACAGGCUAUUCAGGGCCUACUGCAUUUAUUGAGUUGUAUCCAAACAGCACAUUAACUCAAAAAACAAGAACGUCUCCCCUUAAUGGCAACAAUUUAGAAAUGUCUCGGCAAAGCCUUGUAUCCAUGGUGUUACCUGAACACAACAAUCAAAAUAAGUCUCAGAUUAAAAAAUGUUUACCACUCAGACUCUUGACCACUGCAGAUUAUACAGUUUACAAAGACCAGAGUUACCUUGGCAGCAAAAGUCCCAUCACAAAGAAAAACACCUGUGCCUUUGAGUCAGAGCAGAACACCACUGGAGCUAGAACCACUGGAACGCCAAAGACCGAAGAAGAGAUGGCUGCUAAGCGUAGAGAAAAAUGGCGCAUCAAAAAGCGAGAGCAGAGAGCAAAGCAUGCUGUAACACUGGCCAUGGACAGAGAAGGGAGACUUGGACAACCUUCCUGUAUUGGGACAGUACAGGCUUCAUCUCUUGUUAACAGUAAGGCCUUGAGAAGAAUCAACCACAACUCUGCAAAACCUGUAUCCAUCAAUCAGCACUCAUUGGGAUUAAAAGUUCUGGGAUCUCAGGCAUCAUUUGCAAUUAACUCAAAACGAUAUAAUGUUCAGGGCACCAAACCAUCUUUAUCCUCCUUUUCACAGCAGUCCUCAAGUGCUAACCAUACUAUUAACAAAUCCAGUGUGCAUAAACGUACUCCAAGGAGACACCAUCAAAUGCAGAUGUCUCUUCUUGAUGCUUCCAUAGGUGAGAAUCCGGAGGUUAGGCAUGCCAAGCAGAAAGAGUACUGGCGAAUCAAAAAGCAUGAACAGAGAGCAAGGCUCUCUGCAGAGGUGAAAGUCCAAUUUAAGGAUCAAGAUGUACUUAAGCGUCACGUUAAACUAUACCAAAACACUGAAAUAUGCGGGGAUCAAGCAGGCUGCCAGAAAGCUGACCGAUCAACAGAAAAAGCACUGACAAGUGCUUCUGAGAUCAUUGGUGGUUUUAUCAAAGAAGAAGACACAGUAACAGUCUCCAUUUCAAAGACUACUCCCAAGGCUUCUCUAGCUGCAAGUCAUGGUGAUUCAAAUGUGAAAUGCAUCGGAGAGUUAAAAGUUCAGGUUCAGGUUAGUUCGCCCCUAUAUCCAGAUGCUCCAUCAGUCACAAAGUCACCAAAGUUAGUUGCUGUCUGGAAAAAGGCUGCUUCAUGCAGCAUUUCUAGUAAUUUCAUAAAUGCUCACAAAAAGUCUAUUAAGCACAAAUUUUCAAGCACCUCUCAGGGUAAGUCUAAGUUAGCCAAAGGUGCAGUGAUGGGCAGUAUGACAUUGACCAUCCAGUCUGGCAGCCUAACAGAAGAGGAGCGGGUAGCCCGAAUGAGGGAGUACUGGAGAAUAAAGAAACGAGAGCAGAGAGCUAAUCGGGUUGCUCGGCUCACGAAUGGUCUGCUUAAGUCAAAGGUUUCAGUGUUAAAACAGAGAAAGUCAAACCAGAAGUCAACCAAAGGUUACCAUUUAAUUUUGCCUCCACACAGUAUUUCUUCAUCUGUUGAUACAAGAAUUUGUGACUCCUCAGCCAGUGCCCCAUUUCUUACUGCCACAAGAAAACAAGAACAUAUCUAUCCCUCUAUACAGACUGUAUUUUCUAUCCCAGAAAUUACUCCAUGUAUUAUUGCUACAAACAACAAACCUUCACCCUGUUCACCCUCAGAGUCACGCAUUGAGCCUCCAGCAGUUGCCGACCAAAAUGCUUUUACUCUUCAGGCUGUGUCCUCCAUGAAAAAGCUCUUGGAGGAAUCUAUUAGCACUGUGGAAGACAGUAAUGCCACAAUUGUGCAUGUUAAGUGUGAAAAUGAACCUCUUCCUUGUAAAACUGAAGAUGACCUUACUUCUGAAGAUACUGAGACAAAUGUACAGUCAAAUGUUACCAUACAACCGAACGUCUUAUUGGAGUGUGACGUCUCAACAGAUACAAUCCUUGAAAAAGACAUCAAAUUGAGUCCAUCGAUUUACCACUCACCCUCAAAGGCAUUAUCUUCUGAAGACACCAGCCAGUAUAACUCUCAUAAUUUAAGUCAAGGGGCUGUAGAUCUAACUCAUGCCCUUUCUCUAGUGGAAAGGCAACAUAUGUGCAGAGACACCCAGAAACAUAGUGAUGAAAGAAGAGGUCCUGAUCAGUGCUGCCCUUCACAGUCCAUGGAAGAGCAACAGCUCGAUGAAAACAAAGAGCUUCAACGAAAGAGAGAAUAUUGGCGUUUAAUGAAGAGACAACAGAGGGCCAGAAAAGCCAAUAGAAGACAGGGCAGCAAAGAUGCGGUUCUUCACAGUAUGGCUUCACAGCCAGAACAGGUGAAAGGUGGCAGAAGUCAAAUUCAGUAUUCACCUUCUGCUGCAUCACAAAGCUCCACAUGCCACACUAUCGUCUCCAAUAAUCAUGAUGUUAAUACUGCUGUCACUGCACCUCUUAAUCCUAUCCUGGUGAGUCCUAACAUCACUAACCAACAUCCUUCAAAGGAACAAAGGCUGCUGCCAGUAAAAGACCCACAAGAUCAGGCAUCACAGGCUCAUCAGGAAAAACCAUGGCAGACCCAGUUUUCACACACUUCGAGCCAAACUGUCAUGCAAGAUAUGUCCCAGGACACUGCCACAUUCAGACAGAUUCUCAUGCAGAAGAAAACAAAAAGGUGCACAAAGCCUGCAGGUCCAAAAACACAGCUAACAGAUCCAUUCUUUGGUGAAUCAAAAACUAAGAGAAGCCACAUCAUGGCAACACCAAAUGCACAAGAAGAGUCCGAGGAAGUUAUACGUAGAAGACGCAUGCACUGGAGGAUAAAAAAACAGGAGCAGAGAGCAAGAAAUGCAGCACAUGAUAGAAAGUUUCACCAGAGAGUGGUCAACGACUGGGGUCCCAUUCCUCCACAGGGUCACAACAACACCAGCUUCUGCUUAGAAGUUCUGAGCAUAAAAUCAGAGGACCACCUAGGCUAUAUAGCAGAGCCAUGUCAAACUGGACUCAAAGAGGAAUCAAGCUUUGCACCCGACAAUGAUGCCCCUGAGGGACCGUUAUCACAGGCAGAGUGGAGAAAUGUCUACCUCAUGGACUUCGACCCUGUCAACCCACUGUUGGUGUGUAUGGUUUGCGGAGAGCAGCAGUACUCCCUCAGUGUGCAUGGAGUGAAGGCUCACAUCGAAGAGGGACAUCCCAAUACACUCUCAUUGGGAGAGCAGGAGCAUCAGGGCAUUCUUGAUGCCUGGGAUAAACAGGUGGCUGUCCGAGAGCACUUCAUCUCCAAUCAGCUUUGGCAGCAAAGCAGGCUUCCACAGGAUUGGACCAGCCAGGAUUGAUCUCCACCUGUGAUUGGUGUGGCCCAAGAGACAGGAGUAUGAAAGAGACCACCACACCUACAGGGGUGUGUUAAGAGUGUUUGUUGAAGUGUGCUGUUGUUUGCUUGCUUGACUGCUUGCUGUGUUGUUCUGACUGUUGAAAAUAACAUUGUUGUGCUUGUGUUGAUAUUGUUUGUCUACCUACUUUUGUUUAUAAUUGUGUAAAUAUUGUAAAUAGCCAGUUCACCUGUGGAAAGCUGUAUGGGGUGGGUGCCAUUUUCUUUUGUAUGUAUCCUUUUCCUCCUGUUUUGUGUUAGUCAGGGAGUAUGGGUGUUUAUUGUAUUUUAAUUAUCUUUUUUUUGUUAGUUUAGUUAGUUGUUUGUCAGGAGUUAGUGUGGGAAUUUUGUUGUUUUGGCUUAUACUCACCCCUGAAGUUGUUGCUUCCACUGUGGUGUUUGUAACCAUUUUUAAAAAUACAUUUAUUUUGUGUUCCAGUUUUAUGUUGCAGUCGUAACACUAAAGACCUUUGGAAGUGCUGACACAGAACUGAUCUUGUAUGAGACCAUCCCAUUUAUUCUACUCAAUUAACUGCCAUCAUAGACUAGAGUUGAACCAUGGAAUACAACUUUUUUCUUUUCUUUUUUUGGGUGGUCUUGCUUUAGUUAACACUAAGGCAAAUGUAGCAGUAGAACAUUUGUAUUAUUUGUUUUCCACAGAAGCCUGCUUUGAUCUAAAAUAUAAAAAAUACAAAUGGAUAAAUGUUUCACAUUCAUCUUUAAUUUUUAUUUUGUACUUCAGUUUCAGGGGUUUUGUUAUAGUCAUAUAUAACAGAUUAAUAUCUUCCUUAGUGAUAGGACAAUAUUGAAAAGUUGAUUCAUCUCAUUUCUUGCUGAUGCAAUACCUAGUGUUCUUAAACAUACUCUUAAAAACUGGUAAUAUCCAAAACAUUUUAGUAGUUGUAAAUGGGGUAUGGAGCAAUGUAAGAUCAGUCUAUAAAACACACAAUUGGAAUGUUACUCUAUAAUCUGAGAAUCUUACAUUUUUGAUUGUUUGUUUUUUCUUCAGUAUUUCUGUUUCUGUAUGUUGUUAUAUGAAUUGUUUUCUUAUGAUACAUUUUUGUUGCACUGCAUAUUAUAUAUCAUUUUGAGAUCUUUUUGUACUUUGUGUUUCAUUAUUGAUUUACUGAACUUUAAUUUUCCAUAAUCUUUAAUUUUAUUAAUCGUAAAGGGUUCACACAAAAAUUUAAUUGACCUCAUUUAUUCAACCUCAUAUAAUUCCAAACCCAUAUGAGUAUCUUUCUUCCAUGGAACACAAAAGGAGGUGUUACUGUUGGUGACUGACUGCCUCAGUCACCAUUCACUUUUAUUGUAUGGAAUAAAGAUGCAAUUAUACUGUAUAUGAAUAGCAUUCUGCCGUACAUAUACUUUUAUGUUUCACGAAAGAAAGGAAGUCAAAUGGAUUUGAAACAUGUCGGCGAGUAAACAGAAUUUUUAUUUACAUGCUGCAUCUGGAGGUCCUGAGGAACUUUUAUGGGCAUCUUAGCUUAAACCUUAGGAUGGGAGUUAAGAUGUGGCAGACAAUUUUGUCAAUAAGAAACCACCCUCGGACCAGUGAGAAGUCCCUUACAAUUUGGAGAUGGAUGUGGGGACUUACUGCCCCGUAAGGGGUGUCUGGCAGGUAUCCGAACAGCUUUAUCUGAUGGCUGGUGCCAUUUGUUUGGAUCAUGGUCGACUAACAAUCAAAAUGUGGGCACUUUUCUUCAUGGCACUCGGGAGAGGGUCCCUGGUAUGCCAUCUAGUUCGUUGUU